CAGCCUUCCUGGAUUAUGGAGUUUCUGAGUGAGAAGUUUGCCCUGAAAAGUCCGCCAAGUAAAAACAGUGACUUUUACAUGGGCACAGGAGGCGCGUUGGAGCACGUUAUGGAGACCCUGGACAAUGAGUCCUUUUACGGCAAAGCAACGGCAGGCAAAUGCGUGCAGGCCUUCGGGCCGCUGCCGAGAGCUGAGCAUCACGUGCGUCUGGACAGGACCUCGCCCUGUCAGGACAGCAGCGUAAACUAUGGGAUCACCAAAGUGGAAGGACAGCCCCUUCACACCGAGCUGAAUAGAGCAAUGGACAGCUGCAACAACCUCAGGAUGUCUCCCGUGAAAGGGAUGCCAGAGAAGGGCGAACUGGAUGAACUUGGGGACAAAUGUGACAGCAACGUAUCCAGCAGCAAAAAGCGGAGACACAGAACUACCUUCACCAGUUUGCAGCUGGAGGAACUAGAAAAGGUCUUCCAAAAAACCCAUUACCCGGAUGUAUAUGUCAGAGAACAGCUUGCACUGAGAACAGAGCUCACUGAGGCCAGGGUCCAGGUUUGGUUUCAAAAUCGAAGGGCCAAGUGGAGAAAAAGAGAACGUUAUGGCCAAAUCCAGCAAGCUAAAAGCCAUUUUGCUGCCACCUACGACAUAUCAGUUUUGCCGAGGACUGACAGCUACCCGCAGAUUCAGAACAAUUUGUGGGCAGGAAAUGCAAGUGGUGGUUCUGUGGUUACUUCAUGCAUGUUACCACGUGACGCGUCCUCCUGCAUGACACCUUAUUCUCACUCGCCUCGGACAGAUUCCAGUUACACGGGGUUUUCAAACCACCAGAACCAGUUUGGUCACAUGCCCCUCAACAAUUUUUUCACUGACUCUCUUCUCACUGGGGCUACCAACGGACAUGCAUUGGAAACAAAGCCAGACUUUGAAAGGAGGUCUUCCAGUAUCGCCGUUCUGAGAAUGAAGGCGAAGGAGCACACCGCCAAUAUUUCAUGGGCCAUGUAACAUACAGUACUCUUUUAUUUUAUCUUCUA